AUGAGAGUAAGAAAUGAAAAAAGCCGAAAACUAGCUAUAAAAGAGUUUGCUUCUUUAGGAAUUCAUUUUAAGUGUCUUCAUUUAUCUGAGUUCACUAUGGCAUCAUCAUUUUUCAGUCAAACAAGAGUUAAAACAUACAAAUAUGCAUGCGUCUUCUUCGAUGAAGAUAAAUGUAUUGGUUCUGUCAAAACUAAAGAUAUUGUAAAUAGGGAAGAAAAGUUACUGAGCGUUGACGACAAUGUAUUUGUGCGAUGGGGUAGCGGAAAGAAUGUACAAAAUCACAAAGCUACAAUUUUAUUUCUAAACAAUGAAUGGUCAAAUUGCACACAGUUUGAAAGAGAUUGGUUGAACAACGAGAAAACAUUUAUCAUCGAAGAGGUCGGAGAAAAAAAAAAAGAAGAAAAAAUAAAAAACAUUAAAAACAAUAAAAAACGGACAACAGGCGAAACAUUAGUAAAACCUCAGAAGAAGUUCGUCAAAAAGGAUAGUGCAGCUGUUGAUAAAAGACAACCUUCAUUAGUAGAAAUAAAUUACAAAGUCCCACAACUAAAUUACCAAGUUGAUUUUAGUGAUGUUUUACGAGAACCGCGGAAGGCACAAAAUGGUAAAGUAGAAAACACCGCCGAAGAACCGCCAAAGGAUAAAGUGGAAAACACCGCCGAAGAAACGCCGAAGACGCAAAACGAUGAAGUUGAAAACACAUUCUCCUUUCUAAAGUUAUUGGUUUCACCUGGAAAACCACUGCCAUCAUUUUCGCCACCUACUUCGACACUAUCCACUUCUAUUCUUCCCGACCUACCUUUUUCUCCGCCUUCACCAGCCAGACCUCUGCAAUCAACACCUGCCGUUAGAACAACACUUUUUCCGAAUUAUCCCGAGCAAACAAAGCAGUGCACGUGCGAUUGUGCUGCUAUGCGACAAAUCAUUGAAAGACUAGAAAAGCGACUAGCUGCGUUGGAAGGGAAUGCAAUUGCCUUAUCCGCAAACUUUAUCGACGACAGUGACGAAGCAUUACCUUCAGUCCAGGGGUUGUCUCCACUAAAGGCGAUGCAGAGGACGAAUAUUGAUGAUGACGAUUUUCAAAUAAAUGAAAGAUUAAAUAGAAAAAAAUACAAGGUGGACACAGCUCCUACUAUAGAAAUUCCGACCGAAUUCUGGCCGAUAGCCAAUGAAGUGAGACAAGGGGCGACAUCUUUCAAAAACUUUAGCUAUCUGUUGCUGGCUAAAUUAUUUGACCACAAGGAGCUUGUAGGAAGAAAUUGUCGAGGAGUUAAAAAACCUGCGAUUGAUGGCUACAAACAAGAUAUUGUUAAAGCUUUUUGUUGGAAGUUUUAUCCAACCAACAUGGCUGCACCGGGUGCAUGGAGGGACUGUCAACGUGCAAUUGAUGAAUUUAUACGACGUAGCAACAGAACAAAGAAAAAUUAUAAAUCAUGCAUGUUGCAGUCAUAAAACUCUUUCAGUUAAUAACUUUUUUGUAAAUAUUUUUUUAGAUGUAAAUAUUU